UAAGUAUGCUUUUAGAAGAUAUAUCAAAUAAUGAUAGUAGUCUUUUUGUAUCAGAUAAUAAUAAGUCAGAUGAUAGUGAAUUGGAUAACAGUGAAUUGGAUUAUGAUGAAAAUGCUAUAGAUACUAUGGAUAAUUAUGAUGAAAAUACUAUAGAUAUAAAUAACAAAGAAAUGCAAAUGUGUGAG